UGAGGUCCCUUCACGCGUUCGUUCAGUUGACAUCGUUGUUUUACGAUUAUUUCAUUUAUUCAGUAAAAAUUAAAAAUAUUAAUAUUAUUAAAUGAUUAGAAAAUUUAUCCGUCGUAAAUAAUGUUACUGCUUCGCGAUAAAACGGUGUUGCUUGCGAUAUAAUUGUAAAAAUGGAAUCGAGUGGCAUGCAAUCAUAAAGUCUGUCGAAGAUACAAGCGCAGACAAGUGUGUGAGUGGGCAAAAUCUAUGAAAAAGAAAAAAUCGAUUGCAAAAUUAACAAAAUAAAAUUUGUAAAUAAGAAACUUAUUUAAGACUUGGAGAUAUUCCAAUGAAAAUCAUACAUGUUCGUAAAACUGCACUGGAAUUUGUAGCCUCAGCACGUCAUGAGGUGUCGAGUUGAAGGGUUUUAAAUACGGAAAAAUAUCCAGAGAAUUGAAAUAUGGCUGCAUGCAGUUCCGUAAAAAUUGGACUAUGCUUUGAAAUGCAAAAAAACAUUGAAUGUUUAUGGCAAUUACGAAAACAAAGGAAACUUUUUUGCACAUAAGAAAAACUAGACAGACUUGUGCUAAGGAUUUUUAAACGCAUUGCCUUCUGCCGUAAAAUCCGCUGAAGUAUAUGAUAUUUGCCAAUAAGAACAAUUAGCGCAAUUAUGUGCUGAUGAAAUACACUAACGAAGAAGUAAAGGCGCGGUAGGUAGUGGGCAGCGCCCAAUGAUAAUGUGGCGAUAAUACGAUCAGCAGAUUAAGUAAAAAAAUCGCACAAACAUCACAUCAUUUUAAGAAGUACAUUUUCAUAGCUCCAAGAUGUCAACGACACAAAGUUACAAAAUGCCCUCCACUAGCAAAAUAUCUUUGGACAAGCUGUUAAGAGUUGGAUGUUACGAUUUGGAAAAAACAAUUGGAAAAGGAAACUUUGCAGUUGUUAAGCUAGCAUCCAACAUUGUCACCAAAACAAAGGUCGCUAUAAAAAUAAUAGACAAAACUUGUCUCAAUGAGGAGUACCUGGCAAAGACUUACCGAGAAAUAUCUAUUUUAAAAACGCUUAGACACCAACACAUAACACGUCUAUACGAAGUAAUGCAAUCGGAAACCAUGAUAUAUUUGGUAACGGAGUAUGCUGCUAACGGGGAGAUUUUUGAUCAUCUUGUCGAUAAUGGACGAAUGAAGGAGCCCGAGGCGGCAAGAGUUUUUUCGCAGUUAGUCUCGGCGGUUCAUUACUGCCAUCGCAAGGGAGUGGUCCAUCGUGACCUUAAGGCAGAGAACGUGUUGCUUGACAAGGAUAUGAACAUCAAGCUGGCUGAUUUCGGAUUUAGCAAUCAUUACGAAGAUGGUAGUCCCCUUACUACAUGGUGUGGGUCGCCCCCGUAUGCUGCGCCGGAAGUUUUUCAGGGCCUAGAAUAUGACGGACCCAAAGCAGAUAUCUGGAGUUUAGGAGUAGUGCUCUAUGCAAUGGUGUGCGGGGCGUUGCCAUUCGACGGAAAAACGUUAUUAGAAUUGAAAAGUCGAGUGGUAACUGGCAAAUUUCGCAUUCCAUAUUUUAUGUCCCAGGAUUGUGAAAACCUCAUACGCAACAUGUUGGUGGUGGAACCCGAGAAACGUUAUACCAUCAAACAAGUGAUGAAGCACCGCUGGGUGAGCGAAUGGAUGAACGAAGUUGAACGGGAUUGUUCGCAAACACCACUUCUGAGUUCCGACGUUCCAUCCAGUGGACAAACUACAUCGGUACCGAACUUAGACACAGUUGUUGUAUCUCAUAUGUUGCAGUUGUCCGGAUUGACAGCAGAUAAAAUCGCCCAAUCUGUUCACGAGAACCGUUUCGAUAAUAUCUACGCCAUAUAUUAUUUAUUGUAUGACAAAUUGGAGCAGAAACGACGUGAGCAUCAGAAAAUACAGCAGCACGCAAAUAGAGCCAGGUUAGUUUACAUAAAUUCCUAUUUUGCCGCAAUAUUAGAUUGUACAUUUGACAGGUCUCGAACCAGCAUUACGACUGGAAUGGUAGAUCGAUCUGAACCUCUGCAACAAGAUUCAUUGGACCGUUUAAGCCCUCUUGUAAAUACAAACGCGGCCCAACCCGAAUCGACGUACCCGUGGACCGAUAUUAAUGUUGAAUUGGAAAAGUUUAGUAGUGACAUUGAAUUGGAACGCAUGAAAGGACCAAACGAGAAUUUACACCAAAAUCAACUAUGCACAACACCUUCCACAAGCCAAGGCAAUGGCAACACAAGGCGACACACGGUGGGGCCAGGCGAUGUUGCUCACGAACACGCCCUUCAGGAUACAAAUGUUAUAGCCUUGAACUUUAAAUAUGAACCUUCGAAAGACGAACAACAAUCUUAUCCAUAUCCACCCAUCAAUUUGCCGACCUUGCAAAACCAACCUCUACAUUAUCUGACCACAAAAGAUCAGCAUUUGUUGAAACCACCGUUGGUAAUGGGAGCAACCGGUUCCUUCAACCGACGAGCUUCAGAUGGCGGAGCCAACUUGCCUUACAGUUUUACAACUGGUCACCAGUCUUCUACUGUAGACAGGCCUUCCGAACAAAACGAAACAUUUUUUAUGCACCCAAACACGGGAACCAACAAUGAACUAAUUCCUACUGCCAGUGCCGCUAACAGAAUCCCUACAGAAACCGCCAGCAUAAAUCUUGAUGAAAAACCCGAAGAAAUUCAAAGGUACAUGCAAAUGAGGGGAAAGCGCCAUACGGUCGGUUGUACCGAAGAUUUAUCGCUUAGCCAUCAUUCGGGAGACCAAUGUGGCAUUAAUUCCAAACUCCAAACACCGGCCGGAAUACCAAAUGCCACUGGAGUUAGCACCGGCAUGCGAACCAGACGCACAGGUCUACUUACUGUGACAGAACGACCGCCGGUCAUAAGUCCGGAGCUUAUUCGUGAGGUCGAAUCUCGCAUGAAUCGUAAUUAUAUGCCUCCAGCUUUAAAAAUGCAAUGCAAUUAUUCGGGUGGAUUUAGUUUAUCUCCACCUUCCGUUGUGAAUUCUUCAUUCAAUAGUUCGACUAAUAAUUGUAACUACCCUGUCGCGAGCACUUCAGUCCUUGGAAGUACAACAACAAUGCCCAUAAACCCCACAGCAACCGCAAGUUCGGCGACUGUUUCCUAUAACAAUAGACGCAUUUAUAACAAGUCUGGGAAAUUACCACCCGUUCAAGAAGUUGGUCGAUAUAGUCCUGUACGUCGAGCAUCCGAGGGAUCGAAGACACAAUUUCAAGGACCAUUGCAAGAAUGUCAGUAUCUUCAGAAGGGAAUUGCACAGCGCAACUUUUUGGCAGCACCCAGCCCCCCACUUUUGGAAAACUCAAUAAGUUUACCAGGUUCUCCAAUACAUGGGAAAAAUUCUGGUUUCAACAAUGUUUUUCGUCGCACUGGAACACCGUCGACAUUGGCCUCACAUGACAUCGAAAUCCCAUCAGAGGCUCUUAAAACCGUUGUGCCGAUAUUAGACCAGUUAAUUAAAGAGCAGAGGAUCAGUAUGGAGAUAGCAAGUAAUAUAAUAUCCACUAGGCAAGUUCCUUUAGAUAUGGCUCAACUCUUGGGGUUAGCAGCACAUGGAAACAGUUCUUCAGAGGGUUUCGGAGCUCAUCCCCAGCUGCAGCAGGUGCAUAGUUCCAGUACAUCUCCGCUCUCAAUGUCAACUUUGAAUAGUUUCGGCGAACAAACGAACAGUCCAUUGAAAGAAAGUGGUAUUUGCAUAACAACCAGCGGUCCAAUAAUGCAACAGAAUAGCUCGUCCCAAUAUUACCAAAAUGUUGCUGGUAAUAACAUGAAUUUAGCUGGAAGCUUGCAUAUGAACGCCAUCUUAGGUUCCUGUUACGCACAACCGUUUUCAAUAGCGCUGAAAAGCAGUGGUAAUUUUAGCGGCACGUCCUUGGCAAAUGCUGGAAUGCCGGGUGCAAGUAGUGGGACUACAACAGGCGGCGGUGGUUCAUCGCCAUUACAUCAAAUCACGAAGGGUAUUUCGUAUUUAACAACGGGAGGUGGCGGCUCAAUAACCCGAGGAACGUCUGCGGCCAGCGAAAUAGCUGCUGCAGCAUUGCAACCCCUGGAUUUGUCUAUGGAUGUCGGUUCGUCAGAUGAUUCGCAAACACCUGUAGGUUCGUAUGUGUCGCAGAACUGGUUUCUGCCACCAUCAACAUAUUACGAUAUGAAACCUUUGAAUUUAUCGCCUGCUCAGCCUAUAAGGGUGGUCACAACACCUCCAACAUCACCAAAUUUAUGUAUAAUACAAGAAGAAAAUGCCACAACCCAAAUGGGUCACACAAUAACAACUGGAACGCCAUACGCGGGAUGCACUGGUGGUAUAACUCCUACUCCAUCUUCUGGAACGUUAUCGUCCGCAGAAGAGGUAGUAUCGCCAGGACAGCAACCAUCACAUCCCCAGAUUUGUCUGACCGAUGUUCAGGGCAGCGAAAUAACAUUAGUUGCACAAUCUUCUCAAUUUAGUAACGAAAACAGUUCGGAUUCGUCUGAACACCAUGUCAUUUCAUUAAUGUCGCUUCAAGACCUAAUGAUAACAGAAACAUCGAAUGACAUGCCAACGAUAGCCCGUGGGAAUGUGGUUAAAACUAUGACCCUAGAGACGGAACCAAACGUGCCGACUGCAACGUCGGUGGAUAGAAGAGGCAGCGACAAAUCUCUUGGCUUCUCCGAUGAUUCCUUAAGCAACGACUCCAAUAAUUUAUCGCCUAGCCAAGAACCUUCCGCAUCUUCGGGAUUCAAGUCCGAUUCGCACUCCGAGGUAGGGGAUCACACCGAGGGUCAUUUAACACCAGAUUCUAUGUGCGAAUCACGUCGUAUGUCUGAGGACAUGUGUUAUGAAGUUCCCCUUCCCUACGAAUGUUCCAAUUUAGACACUACACGAAUUCUCGAAAUGAUUAAACAAACAAUAGAUUCAACAAUGCCUCCAAAAGGAUUUACUUUACACACCGUUGAAACGCCUCCGUCAGUUUCCAAUUGUCCAUCCAGCUGGACUCAGUUCAGGCCUGCUGCAGGAGCUCUCUCAGAAGGCUCCAGCACCUUCUCUUUGGACCUAUCUCCAUCCUACAUAACAACUAAUCUUAGUCUAGAAUAUUCCGGAGGUUUGCAAAUAGAAGUGCAAGUGUGCGAAGGCCGAAGUCGUGACAGCCAGAGUUCAGGAAAGGGAAUCAAACUAAGGCGAAUAUCCGGCGAUCAGUUUGAAUAUGGCAAAUUGUGCCAACAACUUAUAAACCAACUCAAUAUCCAACAAGUGGUUGGUUAAACAUUCGAAUUCCGUAAUCUUUGUUAAAGGUUAUCAUAUCAUAUACCAUUUAAUUUUGCGGAUAAUACGAUACAUUUAAAACAAAUUUAAACUGAUAAUUAUAUAAAUACGAACGAUUUGUCCCCAUCAAAACCCUGUGUAAAGUUGUCCCCCCUAAGUGUGUACAGCUAGUACUAAUACGAAAUAUUACUGAUUAACGGUAAAUGACAGUACAACAUUUAUUUUUGCGAACCUUGACGAAAUAAAAAUGCAUUUGGUAUAAUAAAAUUUCAAGCCCUUGCACAUCAAGAAAAUAGAAUUGGUUUGGCAUUCAAGAUCUACUUCCAAGCCAAAGUACACCAAGUCUUCAAACUAAAUUUCCAUACGUUUCAUGUCAAUAUUGACUAUAGACAUUAAAAAAAAAAACAAUCACAAGAUGGUCAAUCUUGCCCACAAGUCAUUGUAACACCGAAAUGAAAUUCAUCCUGACUCGUGCUAGAACGCUUUUAUUUUAUUACUCUGGCUGUUCGCAAGUCAUAAAACCACUAAAGCUGCACUAGCAAGGCCAUUUCAAAUGAUUUCAGAUAAUAUUUACCACCUUCACUUUGAAAAGAUGAUGUGCAGUGUUCAAAUUCACAAUGUAAUUGUUUUAAGAUCGUCAAAGUCAAUUGUUCUAUGUAUAAUUUGUAAUAUAGUCGUAGUUUUUCCCCUUAGAAUAAUGCGUAAUAUAGGAUUAAUUUCAAAGCAGUAGAUUUAACAUAAUAUGAGUGUGGGUGUCCUCUAAGACAUUCGUUUAGUCCUGUAAGUAAUGUGAAUUAUUGUUUCAUUUUGCAAUGAUGCACAGUUACACCUAUCGGAAACAACCAAUCCACAUAUAUUGGUCGAAAGCAAUUUUAUUUAAGUCAUAACAUUAACAUAGUAACAUUCCAGGCAAACUGCAAGAGCUAACGAUGUUUAUUUCCUUUCAAGUUUGAAGUUAUAUCAGCACAUUUAUGUACAUAAUAUCUUGCUGUUAAGCAGUAUUCCUUAUCGUUAUAAUUAUAUUAAUUUUAAAAUUGUAAUUGAAUCUUUUUUCUGAUAAUGUCCCGUCUUCUUCCACAAACCCAUCUUUCAUUUGAUAUCAUUUUUAGUUAAAUUCUGUAAGAGUAAGAAUAGCUAUAUAAGGCGUAAAUUACAUAAAGACUGCUGUGAUUAAAAUGAGUAAAACAAAAACAAAAAUAAUAUAAAUAGUAUAAAAAUGUUAUGUUCACAUUUAUUUACCUCUUAAUGCCUCUAAAUAAACGAGAAUAAAUAAAAUUUUAAA